AAAACAAAGAAAGAAAAAUCAACGAAACGCCAUCUACCCCCAACUAAACCCAAAAACUCUGCAAAAAUCUCUGCAUCCAUCAAUGGCGUCUGCUGCAUUUCUUCAUCUAUCGUCGUCAACAUCGUCUUCUUUCGCCCUUUCCUUCAAAUCAAGCCGACAAUUUUCUCCCCAAUCAAUUCACGUUUCGAAAAACCUAAGCUUCACGGUCAAGGCCUCAACAUCCCUCGACUAUUCCGCGCCGUCCAAAUCGAAGACCAAUCCGAGCAGCUGGAAAUGGAAAUUCGAGGGGAAUUCCGUUAACAUCCACUUCGAGCGGCUCGAGAGCGACGGCGGCGCCGCCGAUCGGCCGAGGAAGAAUAUCCUGAUGGUGCCCACCAUCUCUGACGUCAGCACCGUCGAGGAGUGGAGGCUCGUGGCGGAGGAAAUCGUCGGGAAGAACGGUGGGGUCAAUUGGAGCGCGACGAUUGUGGAUUGGCCCGGUCUGGGGUACUCGGACCGGCCGAAGCUCGAUUACAAUGCUGACGUCAUGGAGAGGUUUCUGGUUGAUUUUGUUAGUUCCGCUGAUAGUCCUAUUUCCAGCUUCGUUACAGAUGAGGAGUAUGUGGUCUUUGGAGGAGGGCAUGCUGCAACCAUUGCCGCCCGUGCUACAAAAAAGGGUUUCUUGAAGCCAAAGGCUAUAGCUGCCGUUGCACCCACUUGGGCGGGUCCCCUUCCUAUCGUCUUUGGUCGAGAUUCAAGUAUGGAAACUAGGUACGGGCUUCUAAGAGGAACAAUGCGGGCCCCCGCAGUGGGGUGGAUGAUGUACAAUUUCCUCGUAAGCAACGAAAAGGCAAUCCGAUCCCAAUACAAAUCCCACGUAUAUGCGGACCCCGAAAACGUAACUCCUAGUAUUAUCGAGAGCCGUUAUGCACUCACAAAGCAGAAAGGGGCCCGCUAUGUGCCUGCAGCUUUCUUGACCGGAUUGCUCGAUCCAGUUAAUUCAAGGGAGGAGUUUCUAGAAAUAUUCGCGGGGCUCGACGGAGUGACACCUGUUCUGGUGAUGUCAGCAUUCGGAGCACCGAAGAGAUCGAAAGCUGAAAUGGAAGCUCUGAGAGGAGCAAAAGGUGUAAGAGAAUUUGUUGAAGUACCGGGUGCUUUAUUGCCUCAGGAGGAGUAUCCGAAGGUUGUUGCCGAAGAACUGUAUCGGUUUUUGCUCGAGAAUUGUUGAUUCAAGUCCCGUUGAGGUAAAUGGGCUUUUACACAUUUAGACUUAUUUAUUUGAAACUUUUUUGUUGAGUCGCAAUGUGAUUAAUACAUGAUAAUUUUAUGUUGUUGAAAAUAUUGGACAGAGUUGAUAUCAUAUACGUAAGUUUCUUGGGGUGUAUGCUUUCCCAUUUUGUAUUUAUUUUUCCGAAAAUGUAUUUGAUUUCUUCAGUCAUUUCGAAUCGUUUCUACGACGUGUUACCGAUUUUGUUAUGAUUUGAAAUUGAAUCCCA